UUAAUUGGUGCAAUCUCUUAGGUGGUGGAACACUGGGCAUGAAAAGGAGAGAUUACUGGCAUUGGAUAGAGGACCUUCCCCAACAUGACAGCUGUGGCAGGCUCUCUUAUCUGUCAGUAAUGGUAGAAAAAACAAAUGCUUGCCCCAAACUGCUGACUGCACAAGGCCGUGGAAGAUAUUUCCUGCGUAUGGCUCUCAAUGGCAAAUCUUUGGUGACCACAAUCCAGCAUUUACAACACACAUGCAAACUAUUGGAGCGGUAUGAUCCGAGCAUGUCUGUUCUUGGAAAUGAAGACUUUAUGGAACCCUUCCUGUGCCUGCUGCUGGUAGUGUCACAAAGCAAUUUCUCUCUGGAUCUACAGAAUUCUAGCUUCCUGGAUGAAAGCUGGAUUCUCCCGGUGUGUGCCAUUUAUCAGACUGUGCCGUGCAGAGAGCUAGGAAUGGUGCUAAGAUACUUGGAGGGACGUGUAUUGGUCAUCCAGGUGCUCCCUGACAGUCAGGCUGAAGUGGAUGAGGUGGUACUAGCUGGUGAUGUCAUUGAUGAAAUUAAUGGAGUGUCAAUGCGAAAUGCAUAUAAUGGGCAGGCUGGCAAUAUACUAAACAAACUGAAGGGGGAGCCACUGAUCUUCAGGUUGAUCCGAUGGCGCAGGAAAGAUGGGGAGUUGUUCCGUCCUCUAAUCCCGUAUAUCAAGAUUGUCCAGGAAAAGAUGCCCACGUUCCAGCUUCAGCAGGAGCAUAGGAGCCAAGAAAGUGGGGAGCAGCAGCCUCAGCUGGAAGGCAGGCUGAUGUACGCUCUCCAAUAUCUGGGACAGGCUCAGCUUGGGAUGUUUGGGGGCAAAGAAGUUUUAGACAUGGGCAUUACUAAAGUUAGAAAUCAAAAUUGUCCCCCACAGGACGUAUUGUUUGAUAUUAGAGAAAUCGAAAUAGUGGUACAGGAAAAGUCGUCAAAUGAGGUAUUGUUUCGACAUCAAUAUCCAGAGAUCUCAAGCGUUGGACGAAGAACUGAUAACAGACAUGUCUUUGCCCUAUGCGUUGUAGAAAAAGAAGCAGGGCCCGAUACCACAUUUAAGUGCUUGGCUUUUAAUGCACACACUCCUAAGGAAUGUGGAGAGAUAAUAAGACGCAUUGCAACUGGAUUCAGACAUACAGAAUGGUUUGUCUAAAAAGGACAAUAUCAAGAUGGUCUUACAGGACUUUUCUACAUUGAAGACCAAAAAUUGCACUAUAACCCAAAAAGGCCAGUGCUUCCCAAAAAACGAUGUAUAUAAAAGUACUGUACUUGGGUAUAACAAAGAAAU